GUUCAAAGCUCAAUACAUCUUUUCUGAAGGAGAAGGAGAAGGCAAGAGAGUUAACAAUGGCCGGAGCAAAAGUUGUGAUGCCAAGAGUGAAGCUGGGAUGCCAGGGACUGGAGGUAUCAAAAUUAGGGUAUGGGUGUAUGGGGCUUACUGGGAUCUACAAUGCUCCUGUCCCGGAAGAGGAUGGCAUUUCAAUGAUCAAGGAUGUCUUCAAUGCAGGAAUCACGUUCUUUGAUACAUCAGAUAUUUAUGGUAUCGACCACGCCAAUGAAAUAUUGGUGGGAAAGGCACUAAAACAAUUGCCUCGAGAAAAGGUCCAGUUGGCCACAAAAUUUGGUGUCUUUAAAGUUGAACCUACUCAAGUUAUAAUAAAUGGUACUCCUGAAUAUGUUCGCUCCUGCUGUGAGGGUAGCUUGAAGCGUCUUGGUAUUGAUUACAUUGAUCUCUACUAUGUACAUCGGAUAGACACAAAAGUACCUAUUGAGGAAACUAUGGGGGAGCUUAAGAAAUUAGUGGAAGAGGGUAAGAUAAAGUACAUUGGGCUGUCUGAAGCUAGCCCAAACACAAUAAGGAGGGCACAUGCAGUUCAUCCUAUCACCGCUUUACAAAUGGAGUAUUCCCUUUGGUCUCGUGACAUUGAGCAAGAAAUAAUCCCAGUUUGCAGGGAGCUUGGAAUCGGGAUAGUUCCAUACUGCCCUAUUGGUCGUGGCUUUUUUGCUGGCAAGGGAGUUGUGGAAAGUGUGCCUUCAAAGAGUUUGUUGGAAGUACAUCCUAGAUUUACUGGAGAGAACUUUGAGAAGAACAAGAUAAUAUAUACUCGAAUUGAAGCAUUGGCUAAAAAGCAUAAAUGCACCCCAGCUCAACUCGCACUUGCAUGGGUUCUUCAUCAGGGGGAUGAUAUAGUACCAAUUCCCGGAACAACGAAGAAAAAAAAUCUUGAUGAUAAUGUUGGAUCCGUGAGAGUGAAGCUUACUAAAGAAGAUAUAAAGGAGAUAUCUGAUGCUGUUCCUGUAGAUGAGGUCGCCGGGGCUAGCAUAACUGAAAAUCUUAUGAAAGUCUCGUGGAGAUUCGCGGAUACACCACUGCCAAAAGAUAGCAAGUUAUCGGCUUAAUGUGUCUCUCUGCCUGAAAUUUCUCAUGCAUGUACUGGUCCCAUCUUGUACUUUCUCCUUCAGGGUACUGUUAGUGUUUGGAUUUUGUGCUUUAAAUAAGUUGUGAUUUGGGUUGUUAUGCUGUGAAAGGUUCCCAGAGUUUGACUCUGUUUUGAAGAGCUUCUGAGUGAUUUUAGUGCUAUGAACGCUAUAUAUAGAGGCAAAUCUUAUGGAAUAAUGCAAGUUAUUUAUUUAUUAGUACCAAAA